UUUUCGGUAAACAAACCAAGAGACAAAUCAAUCAGGUCUUUCAUUUGAUUAUUUAAAAUUCCUAUUUAAUUCCUAAUUAUUAUAUUUAAUUUGUUGUUUUAUUUUUCUUCCUUUCUUCCUAAUUUUGUUAUUUUAAUCUUCUACUUUCAAUUCACACGAUGUCUUAUCAACUUUAUCGUAAUACAACCUUGGGUCACACUCUUCAAGAAAGCCUUGAUGAGUUUGUUCAAUGCUCUCAAAUUACUCCACAAUUAGCACUUAAGGUUCUUCUUCAUUUUGACAAAACAAUCAACAUCGCACUGGCCAGUAAAGUUAAAACUCGAUUAACGUUCAAGGCUGGUCAUCUUAGAACAUACCGAUUUUGUGACAAUGUUUGGACUCUAGUGCUUAAAGACGUUGAAUUUAGGGAAGCUCAAGAAUUGGUUAAAGUGGAUAAUGUUAAAAUAGUCGCUUGUGAUGGUAAAAGUCCCAAUAUAAGAGAUGAAAGAGAUUGAAACUCUUCUGUAACAUACUAAUAGACACAAAAAUCAAGUUGAAAAUGUUACAAAAAAAAGUAUAAAUAUGUAUUUGGGUCACCUGUGUAUUAUUUGAAAAAAAAGUCAAUCUAUUUGGAGAAUUGAAACCAAAAAGAAAAGCUAAAGUUAUAUCAACACAGCGGAGAAACAAAAGGAAAAAAAAUCAAAUCAACCAUCGGACACUUUCCCUUUCAAAGACAAACAACAAAACGAAUGUCCAAUUGUGUCUUUCUUCCAAUCACAAAUCUCUUAUACAUUCAGAAAGUUUCUUUAGUCAUCAAUUAAUUGUCUUAAUAAUGACUAACUCGAACCUAUCAUUAUUUCUUCCUAUAUCUUACUAUUUCUCUUCUUACCUUGAUGUUUCUUUCGCUGUGAAUUUCUAUCCAUGUCAAUUUUGGAUAAAAGAAAAUCAGUUAUCUUUGUGUUAACCCACCACCAUUACCACCCACCCACCUACUCAACAUUUGAAUUUUUUUCCCUAAAAUCAUUGAAUAAAAAUGCUGAGAAGAUGCAAAUUGUUCCAGACCUAAGUA